GCAGAAAAGCCGCAUUUUCAAAUUAAGUCGGAUUGUGAGUGUUACCACUUGUUUUAGUCUCGUGUAUUUAAUUAUUUAUAAAAUGGGAGUUAAGUAAGUUAAAUGUAUCUUAUAACAUUUGUGGAAACAAUUAUUAAAACUUCUCAGAGAAGAAAUUCUUACAAUGAGGCUAAUUAUUCUUCUUGGUCUUCUGAUUGGCGUCCUGUAUUGCAUACAUAUCCUCGUGAAGGACUACCAAGCCAUAUCUGCUGCCAGGGUCUUUCGGCUGAUAUUCAAACGGGACCUGAACUCUGUGAGACAUAAAAUAAACGUUCGGUGGGGAAGAAUACUCCACUACGAUACAAUUCAAUGUACUCGGUACAUUUUCUGCGAUCUUGGAAUGCGUCCGCCGAACAGCCAACUGCGAGAGGAUUUCAUACAAAUGCUUACACUUGAACCAAAAGAGGAAGACGUAGCUGCGUUGGACAUUUUCAAGAACGCUUACCACGAUGGAAAGCUGGCGGGCGAAACAAAAAAGGCGGAUCGGUGCAGAACUAAAUAUCCUAUGUGCCCGUUUAAGAUCGAAUUUUUGUAUGAAGUUAUCCAAUAUUUAGUACAGUUUCAUUAGAUCCUUUUAGUUAAUAAAAAGAUGCCAAAUAUCUCUGCCAUAAAGUUGAUAAUGAAAUGUUAAUAUUUUCA